UUGAGAUACGAACUGUUCAGAAUUUGACAGGCGCUGAGAGACACGAAGCCUUCUACGGUGUUUUUUAGUAUUCCUCGUCCUUGGAUAUCAUCAAUAUUCGAGUUAUUGGAGUAUUAUUUAUCGUGUUUGUAAUUGCCAAUGUUAAAGUAAAGUUAAUUUGGAUUAUUUAAGAUGAAUUCAUCGCAGUAUCUUCACUAUCCGGCGGACUAUCUUCAUCCUCUACCUACUUCGUUAGAUGUAAAGAAAAGUCCAUUGGCCAUGUUAGCCCAGACCUGUAGCAGUAUUGGUAAGGAUGAUGAAAAACCAGGGUUUAGAACUGUUCCACCAAAAGAAAUUCCACCCUUAGUUCCAAUUUCCAAGGAGCAAAGACUACCUUAUAUUUGUAAUUGGGUUGCUGGACACGAUUAUUGUGGUAAAAGAUUCAACUCUUCCGAGGAACUUAUGCAACAUUUAAGGAGCCAUACAUCGACUUUAUCAGCCAGUGUGGCUUCAGCCGGUGGUUUGGUCCAUUUAGGAAUGUCAGCUCCAAUGAGCCCGAACUCUUUACGACGUGCUUACCCCACCAGUUUAAGCCCAGGACUUUUAUCAAGCAGAUUUCACCCUUACAAAUCUCAACUCGGAAAUAUCGGGGCACCACCCACUUCCCACCUCCCCCCUCUGAGUGCAUAUUACCCACAAUAUUCCUCGUUAUAUGGACCUCGUCUUGGCGCUGCUGUUCCUUGAGGAUAUGUGUAUAUGACGUCAUAAGUGUGCCAUAUUGGAGUGUAAUUAUGAGAAUGUUUUGAUAUGUGAUUUUUUAAAGUGCUAAAAUACUUUCUUACGUUUAUGGAAAUAUUCACGAGUUUCCUUAUAUUUAAACGAACAAUUUAUUUUAUGGAAAUACUGUAAAAUCAAUUUUGGCUAUGGUAGUCCUUGAAAUAAUUCACCGCUUUCUAGUUGGGUGCCACUUAUCGAAACAUAUGAAGAUAAAUAUUGUCUCGUUAUGUUAUGACCUCACAGGGCGCCAUCUUUGUUUUGACCCGAAGAAAAGUGUAAAUCUAUGUGGCAAGCAAAUGGAAAGUGGUGAAUUGGGUGAUGUCGGAGUCGAAUGUCCCCCAAGCAAUAAACACAUGAUUGCACGGACAGUCAUUCGGUGUCAAUUCAAUCACUUGCAUAAAUGAUUUGAAAUCUAAUAAAAGGUUAUAAAACAACACGUAAACAGACUGAAAUCAAAAUUCAGGAGAUUUGAAUAAAUUAUUAUAAUAAAUGUUAAUUAUAUGUUAAUUAAUGUUAAAAUAUUCAUAGAAUUAUUAAAAAUUCAUUAAUAUUAA